UGCGAGGAGCAGAAGUGCGAAGAAGAGGUCUUCCCCUUGGCCAUGAAUUACGUGGAUCGCUACCUGUCGUCAGUCCCCAUGCGGAAAAAUCACUUGCAGCUUCUGGGAGCGGUCUGCAUGCUCCUGGCUUCCAAGCUGCGAGAAACUAUGCCCCUGACCGUGGAGAAACUCUGCAUUUACACAGACAACUCCAUCACGCCUCAGCAGCUCCUGGAUUGGGAGGUUCUAGUCCUGGAUAAGCUAAAGUGGGACCUGGUCUCAGUGAUAGCGAAUGAUUUCUUGGCUCACAUCCUCCAUCACCUCCCGCUGCAUAAGGACAAGAUGGAGCUGGUGAAGAAACACGCACAGACCUUUAUCGCCCUGUGUGCCACAGACUACACUUUUGCCUUGUACCCCCCCUCCAUGAUUGCGACGGGCAGUAUCGGAGCGGCGAUCCACGGCCUGACGGUCUCCGUGAACGAUUUCACCGGCGAGGCGAUCACCGAGCUGCUGGCCAGCAUCACUGGCACGGAGGUGGACUGCCUGAAAGCCUGUCAGGAGCAGAUUGAGGCAGCCUUAGCCGAGAGCCUGAAACAGGCGUCCCAAACCCAACAGGAAUACAGCACCGCCAAGACUGCUGCUUACCUGGCCAGCCAGCCCACCAGCACGCCUACAGACGUCACGGACAUCAACCUGUGACCAGCCUCCCCUUCCCGAGGGCCGCCCGGCCCCGCCGCGGCAGGACCUCGCCCUGGACACCGAAAGGUCGCUGC